AUGAAGGAUCUGAGGGCAGAGCAGCAGCUGGUGGUGGCUCUCCGAAUCCGCCCCCUGAAUGAAGCUGAGCUGGAAGAAGGAGCAGCUGUUAUAGCCCACAGAGUGGGUGACCAGAUGGUGGUUUUGAUGGAUCCAAUGGAAGAUCCAGACGACAUCUUGCGAGCCAAUCGGUCCCGGGAGAAGACCUUUAUCUUUGAUAUGGUUUUUAGCCAAACAGCAGCCCAGGAGGAGGUGUACUUGUCCACCACCAAAAAUCUCAUAGAAGGAGUCAUUUCUGGGUACAACGCCACGAUUUUUGCAUAUGGCCCUACAGGUGCUGGGAAAACCUACACUAUGCUGGGGACAGAUUCUGAACCCGGCAUCUAUAUCCGCACCCUCGACGAUCUCUUUCGAGCCAUAGAAGCCACCAGUGGUGACAUGGAUUACGUGGUCUGCAUGUCCUACCUAGAGAUCUAUAACGAAGUGAUCCGUGACCUUCUGAAUCCAUCCUCUGGAUUUCUCGAGCUGAGGGAAGACUCCAAGGGGAGCAUUCAGAUUGCAGGAAUCACAGAAGUCUCUACCACCAAUGCGCAGGAGAUCAUGGAACUGUUGACGAAAGGCAACAAGGCACGUACGCAGGAGCCCACGGCGGCCAACAAGACCUCUUCGCGGUCGCACGCAGUCCUGCAAGUGUCGGUGAAGCAGACGAGUUGGGUGAAAGACAUCAACGAGGAAGUGAGAGUAGGGCGGCUCUUCAUGGUUGACCUGGCUGGAUCGGAACGCGCAUCCCAGACGCAGAACCGUGGGAAGAGGAUGAAGGAAGGGGCUCAUAUCAACCGGUCGCUACUGGCUUUGGGGAACUGCAUCAACGCGCUGAGCGAAAAGGGUUCCAGCCGAGGCCAAUAUGUCAAUUUCCGGGACAGCAAGCUCACGCGCCUCUUAAAGGACUCACUGGGCGGCAACAGCAGGACAGUUAUGAUCACCCACGUCAGCCCCGCCAGCAGCUCCUUCGAAGAAUCUCGGACAACCUUGAUUUAUGCGUAUCGCGCGAAAAACAUCAAAACGAGGGUGAAGUGUAACCUCCUCAACGUCUCCUACCACAUUGCUCAGUACACCAGCAUCAUUUCAGAUCUGCGCAGGCAGAUUGAAUGUUUGAAGGCGAAGGUUGAAAACCAAGAGAAGAAGCAUCUUCUCAGCUCUGGCACCAAAGACAUACAAGCAGAGACUCACCAGGACCCUGAAGAGUACAGCCGCCAGCAGAUGAGCAAACUACGGAAACAGCUGACCGGGGCCUUCAAGGAGCAAAUGGGCAUGCGCCGUAGCCUUAUGGAACUGGAGAACGCCAACAUGGAGCUGCACGUGGACACCUCCAGGCACCUUCUGAUGAUUGCAGACUGGGAACGGGAGAACGCCAAUCUGGCUCCAAAGCGGCAUGUGAGCGCGAAGGAAGACGAAUCCAUGGAGGAGGCAGAGCAAGAAGAUUCCCCCGAACCUCACGAGGUCGUCAUAGCCAGGGAAGAGAUCAGCAUGCUGUUGGCGGAGCAGCGGAAAACGGCUGCCUUAAAGGCAGACCUGGAGCGGAGGCUGACCAACGCCAAAAAGAAAGUCUCCCAGAUGGAGAAGCUCUUGCCAGAGCAAAUUACCAGCGAGGAGCAGCGGGAGGUUCUGCGGCUCCUUUGCAAGGCUCACGAGCUGGAGGUCGGGAAGACGGAGCUCCAGGCCAACGCCUUGUGCCGGGAGAACCUGCUUUGCCAGAAGGAUUUCGUCAUCCAGCGUCACCAGCAACACAGGCGCCUCUGCGAAGAGAUAAUCCAGCAGCAGCGGAGGCUGAUCAAGGAGCACAACAUCCCGGUCCCAGCGCCGCUGGGGAAGCUCUACCGCCUGCAUUUCCGCGAGUUAGAAGAAGGGACGCUGGACCGCCUGCUGCUGCUUCAUUCGCUGAUGUCCAACGCGCUCCAGGAUAACUGUGCUCUUGAUAAGGCUGAGACACUGGACCUCAGCAAAGAAGAGAAUCGGAAAGGGUCGCUUGAUCACAAGAAAGAUUUCGUCGGGGGAGCAAAAUUUGAGCUCCCUCCGAUUGUCGUGGAGUCGGACAGCGACAGCUACAGAUCAUGUAAAAACACCCCGGCCAAAAGAAAGGCGAACCGUGAAUGGAAUCGCACCCCGACAUUGUUCCAUUUGCUGAGAACUCCUGUUCGACAGAAGAAGGCCCCAGGCGUUCCUCUGCAAAAAGCUGCCUCCAAGCUGCGUUCUCCAUCUUCCCAGGACUCCAGAAGGAAGAAGUCCAGGGCAGAAAUCCAACCCGGGAGCCCCCUCGGCCUGGAUGCUUUAAGGGAGAUUGCCGAUGGUACCAAACGGAUCAGUUUGAUUGCAGCCAGGCGCCGCUCCCGAGCCCACGAUGGAGACCCCGGUGGGGAGCUCUUUUCCAUCCGCUCCUUUGAGGAGGACAUGGCGCUGGAGGUGAAGCCCCCACAGCCCAGAUUCACUCCAGAGCAUCACUCGAAAAGCGCUGAAAGUGUCGAAAGCCUCAGCGCAGAGCCCCAGAGGAAAGGAUGGCCACACUGCAAGGCUCAGAAGGAUGAAGGGGAGAGGACAACCAGGAAGAAAAGGCCCCGCUCCCUUGAACCUAUCUCCCCCAGGGCCUUCCAAGUAAAGCAUCGGAUCCCAUCCAGUCUUGGAGACAAUGGGCCAGAAAGCCGGCUGUCGAAAGCCAAGUCCCCGGAUCUGGCUGUGAGCCACCCAUCCCACAUCCUUGCGUCUGCCACCAAAAUCAAAUUCCACACAGGCCACCCAACAGAAGUAAACCCACUGCAGGUCCUGGCUGGGAAGAACACCGCCCCAAGCACCGUCCAGCAGAGCAAUUCCGGUCAAACGCGAGGUCACGUUCUCCAGAAACGAGUCAAAGAAAGACGUUAG